AGCCUGUGAGCUAUACGUGCGGCUUUGUCACAAGACCUUAAUUUUUGAUGAAAAGAUUGUAGCGUCUUGUCAUACAAAAUGCAUUACUUUUAAGUUGCUGGAAAUUAGCGUCUUCUGAAGCAAGGCAAAUGAAUUCAAUAUUAAUAUAAUAGCAGCAGGAACAAAGGCCAAGAAAAUAUCAAAAUGAAUAUGCAUAUGCCGAAAAACAACAGUGGUAUGCCACAUAUGGACAUGAUGAAGAUGUACUUCCAUCUUGGCUUUCAUGAGAAAAACAUGAUCUUUAAAGACUGGAACAUCAGUAGUGUUGCAGAUUUGAUUGGAUCUAUGAUUGCAUUUUUGGCACUUGCUAUCCUUUAUGAAGGAUUGAAAGCUUGCAGAGAGGUCAUUAAAUUAAAGGAGAUGAAAGGAAGGAGAGUACUGUCUUCAAAUCACAACAACCUGAAAACCUAUGGUGAAACACAGCCACUUGUUGACCAUGUUAAGUUUGUGAGGCCAUCAUUUUUUACUACAUAUCGUUUGAUACAAGCUCUGCUGCAUGUUUUACAAAUGUUCAUGGGUUAUAUACUCAUGUUGGCAUUUAUGGCAUACAAUGUAUGGAUUUGUAUUGGCAUUCUCCUGGGUGGAGGCAUUGGCCAUCUUCUCUUCACAUGGCUUGUGGAUACGCCAUUAUCUGAUUCUUCAGAUCACUGCAUGUGAACCAAAAAGGUUUUUCAUAUGUGCUUGGUAAUUUUCAUAAUUGAAAAGAAACUGCUUAAUUAGUUUGUAACUAAGAAGUUUACUUAGAAUCUUUAGAGAAAUUUUUAGUUUAAAAUUGUUUUUCAAUAUAUUGUUUAGAAAUGUCUUGUACUUGACAAUGACCGUUGCAACCCAUACGCAGAACAUUUUGUCAAUGGGCAUGGUUUCAAACCUGUAACAUACAUUUUAUGGGGUACUGCACAUGCAGGGUCGUGCUGCACAUAUGGCUAUUUACUGGUUUCACCCUGGCAUUUUCUGCACUUGAAAAAAGCAUGAGUACUUUUUUAGAUCCUAUGAAACCAUUUGCAUGUGUGUUGACAGGAGCACCAUAUGAUCAUGUGUGUGCGAGUAUGGGUUGCUGUCGUACUAUUUUGGGUAUGGGCUUUAAAUAACCAAAUUUCCUAGUGAUCUUUGAAAUAGUUGAUGCUCCUAUCCUAGCAUCCUAGCAUGAUGAUCCUAGCAUUAAUUGAAAAAUUCAAUUAGGAGUAUGAUUUCUUAAAGAAUGCUAUUACUUGUAGUAUCUAGAGAAAGGUUAAUAUUCCUCAACUUUUGUGGCUGUUGUGUUACUAAAUCUGCUUGUGAUUGCUACAAUUUUUUUCAGUUGAAGAAUUUUUUUAGUUAGAAGAUUUCAAAAUCAUGUUGUCUUGAAUGCAAAUACCCCAAGAGUCCGACCAAGGUGAACAUAAACUUAUAUAGGCUUACUGUUCAAAAUAUUAACAAUUGUCUUUGUCAUAGUUUUCUGAAAGACAGGCCUGGUCAUUUUGUCAUAAACCUUUUGUUACAAGACUUAUCACCAUUCUCAUCUUGGGCAGAAAUGUUAAGUCAGGAAUUGUUUUUGGGAUGGAAUAAACCUGGCAAAUUGUUUUGUUAUAGCUAAUUACCAUCAUCAGAGCAGCACCUAAGCAUAAAAACCAAUAAUUACUCAGCAUAGAAUUGAAAUGCCUUGCUUACCCACACCAGCCCCAGCCAAGUAUUGACAAAGUUUCUGAAAACUUUCAAAAAGUGUCAAAAAUGGAAAUGUUUGACUAAAUAAGUGUGUAUACAUAAUGUUUAACAAACUUGGUCAAGACGCCAGUGUAAAUUAGGUCCUUUUUUGUUACUGUUUUGUUCAUAAACUUAGUACUGUUUGUUAAGUAGUUUUAUAAAUUGAUCAUUUUGUAUCAUUUGUGAAUUGCAAUCAUUUAGUGCUGAUAAUUAUAAAGAAAUAUAUUCUGAUUAAAUAUCUGUAGAUUCUCAACAUUUCCAGUGAACAUGUAAGGCAAUUAUUGUUCCAAGUAAGGAAAACUUUUGUUAUUUGAAGAUAAUGUCUUUUCGUUUAAAUUUAGCAAGGCUGAAGUACAAAUAUUAGGCCCUAUUUACGCUAUACAAGAUAUUUGCUGGUAUACUGCAAUUUUUCUAUUUUAUAGGUAUGUUGUUCACUAUGUGUCAGUCAUAAACUACAGUUGUUUUGUAAAUUUAUGUGAAAACCAUAGUGCUUUCAGGGGCUUUUAAGUGCUAAAACAUGCUUCCACACAAGGACUGCAGAGUAUAUUACAGACGCUGAAACCCUUCCAGGCAGGGGGGGGGGGGGUUUGGUAAUAACCAAGAGCAAGAAAUUUUUAUACAAUAAAAGUACAUUCUGGGUGUCUAUGACAGGUCCCCUUGCACAGUCCUUUGUUUCACAUAAUCUAAAUGCAUUAAAUGGGUCACUAUUUAUUCCUGCAUAGAGAUAGGAAACUCAAAGUUAUUCAUGGAACCUGAUGCAAAUGCUCCAUCACUCUAUAAUUCAGUACUCCAGUAACUAUCUGGUAUGUUGCAAAUUGGGCCUAAGCAAUUAUAAACUCUCUAUUGAAAAUUAACUAAUUUAUUUGAUCAAAUUGAUUUAUAUUAAGGGUUACUUAGAGUUCCAUGUUUUUCAUGAUUUAGUAUUACAUAAAA